GGCCAGCGGGGCAUCCGCGGCUUUUCUCAUAGACAAGGGUCGGGACACUCUGCAGGCUUCUCUCAAAGAUGGGCGGUGGGACAGUCCAGGGGCUUCUGUCAAAGACGGGCGGUGGGACACUCCAGGGGCUUCUGUCAAAGAUGGGCGGUGGGACACUCCAGGGGCUUCUGUCAAAGAUGGGCGGUGGGACAGUCUGCGGGCUUCCGUCAAAGACGGGUGGUGGGACACUCCAGGGGCUUCUGUCAAAGACGGGCGGUGGGACACUCCAGGGGCUUCUGUCAAAGAUGGGCGGUGGGACAGUCUGCGGGCUUCUGUCAAAGAUGGGCGGUGGGACACUCCAGGGGCUUCUGUCAAAGACGGGCGGUGGGACACUCCAGGGGCUUCUGUCAAAGAUGGGCGGUGGGACAGUCUGCGGGCUUCCGUCAAAGACGGGCGGUGGGACACUCCAGGGGCUUCUGUCAAAGAUGGGCGGUGGGACAGUCUGCGGGCUUCCGUCAAAGACGGGCGGUGGGACACUCCACGGGCUUUUGUCAAAGACGGGCGGCGGGACACUCUGUGGGCUUCUGUCAAAGACAGGCGGCGGGACACUCCAGGGGCUCCUGUCAAAGACGGGCGGCGGGACAGUCUGCAGGCUUCCGUCAAAGACGGGCGGCGGGACACUCCCCGGGCUUCUGUCAAAGACAGGCGGCGGGAUACUCCAGGGGCUCCUGUCAAAGACGGGUGGUGGGACACUCUGCGGGCUUCUCUCAAAGGCGGGUGGCGGGACACUCUGCGGGCUUCUGUCAAAGAUGGGCGGCGGGACACUCCGCAGGUUUCUGUCAAAGACGGGCGGCGGGACACUCCCUGGGCUUCUGUUAAAGACGGGCGGCGGGACACUCCAGGGGCUUCUCUCAAAGACGGGCGGCAGGACACCCUGCGGGCUUCUCUCAAAGAUGGGCGGCGGGACACUCCGCGGGCUUCUCUCAAAGGCGGGUGGCGGGACACUCUGCGGGCUUCUCUCAAAGACGGCGGCGGGACACUCCACGGGCUUCUCUCAAAGGCGGGCGGCGGGACACUCCGUGGGCUUCUCUCAAAGGCGGGCGGCGGGACACUCCGUGGGCUUCUCUCAAAGGCGGGCGGCGGGACACUCCGUGGGCUUCUCUCAAAGGCGGGCGGCGGGACACUCCGUGGGCUUCUCUCAAAGGCGGGUGGCGGGACACUCUGCGGGCUUCUGUCAAAGAUGGGCGGUGGGACAGUCUGCGGGCUUCUGUCAAAGAUGGGCGGUGGGACAGUCUGCGGGCUUCUGUCAAAGAUGGACGGUGGGACACUCCAGGGGCUUCUGUCAAAGACGGGCGGUGGGACACUCCAGGGGCUUCUGUCAAAGAUGGGCGGUGGGACAGUCUGCGGGCUUCCGUCAAAGAUGGGCGGUGGGACAGUCUGCGGGCUUCUGUCAAAGAUGGGCGGUGGGACAGUCUGCGGGCUUCUGUCAAAGACGGGCGGUGGGACACUCCAGGGGCUUCUGUCAAAGAUGGGCGGUGGGACAGUCUGCGGGCUUCCGUCAAAGACGGGCGGUGGGACACUCCAGGGGCUUCUGUCAAAGAUGGGCGGUGGGACAGUCUGCGGGCUUCCGUCAAAGACGGGCGGUGGGACACUCCACGGGCUUUUGUCAAAGACGGGCGGCGGGACACUCUGUGGGCUUCUGUCAAAGACAGGCGGCGGGACACUCCAGGGGCUCCUGUCAAAGACGGGCGGCGGGACAGUCUGCGGGCUUCCGUCAAAGACGGGCGGCGGGACACUCCCCGGGCUUCUGUCAAAGACAGGCGGCGGGAUACUCCAGGGGCUCCUGUCAAAGACGGGUGGUGGGACACUCUGCGGGCUUCUCUCAAAGGCGGGUGGCGGGACACUCUGCGGGCUUCUCUCAAAGAUGGGCGGCGGGACACUCCGCAGGUUUCUGUCAAAGACGGGCGGCGGGACACUCCCUGGGCUUCUGUCAAAGACGGGCGGCGGGACACUCCAGGGGCUUCUCUCAAAGACGGGCGGCAGGACACCCUGCGGGCUUCUCUCAAAGAUGGGCGGCGGGACACUCCGCGGGCUUCUCUCAAAGGCGGGUGGCGGGACACUCUGCGGGCUUCUCUCAAAGACGGGCGGCGGGACACUCCACGGGCUUCUCUCAAAGGCGGGCGGCGGGACACUCCGUGGGCUUCUCUCAAAGGCGGGCGGCGGGACACUCCGCGGGCUUCUCUCAAAGGCAGGCGGCGGGACACUCCGCGGGCUUCUCUCAAAGGUGGGUGGCGGGACACUCUGCGGGCUUCUCUCAAAGGCGGGUGGCGGGACACUCUGCGGGCUUCUCUCAAAGACGGGCGGCGGGACACUCUGCGGGCUUCUCUCAAAGGCGGGUGGCGGGACACUCUGCGGGCUUCUCUCAAAGACGGGUGGCGGGACACUCUGCGGGCUUCUCUCAAAGGCGGGUGGCGGGACACUCUGCGGGCUUCUCUCAAACACGGGCUGCGGGACACUCCGCGGGCUUCUCUUAAAGGCGGGCAGCAGGACACUCGAUCGCUGUACAUCAGUGCAGAAACUUAUAUGUUUGGCAGUACAUUAAUUUCAUAUGCAUUUUACAUAAAUAAAUGGCAUAUUUGUCUAAUGACACAUUAAGUUAAAAUGCAUUGUAUA